AUGAAAAACAAUGUGACUGAAUUCAUUCUUCUUGGACUAACACAAGACCCAGUUAAACAGAAGGUAGUAUUUUUCAUCUUUUUGGUUUUCUACACUGCAACUGUGUUAGGAAACUUACUGGUCAUUUUAACUGUCAAGACCACUCCCACACUUGGAGCUCCCAUGUACUUCUUUCUGACCUAUUUAUCUUUUGCAGAUUCUUGUUUCUCUAGUACGAUAGCCCCCAAACUGAUUGUAGACAGCCUCUCUAAAAAACAGACUAUUUCUUUUGAUGGGUGCAUGACCCAACUAUUUUGCAUGCAUUUCUUUGGAUGCAUGGAAGUCUUGGUGCUUAUUCUCAUGGCCUAUGACCGUUAUGUGGCUAUCUGUAAACCUCUGCACUACACCGUCAUCAUGAACCAGAAGAUGUGCGAGAAUUUAAUAAAACUGGUCUGGUUUGGGGCUUUAGUGCAUUCUAUCACCCAGAUUGUCCCUGCAUAUAGUUUACCUUUCUGUGGUCCCAAUGUGAUUGAUCACUAUUUAUGUGACUUACAGCCUUUAUUGAAAUUGGCCUGUACUGACAUAUAUGUGAUAAACCUAUUGGUUGUUUCUAAUAGUGGGGUUGUAUGUGUAGUGACCUUUGUAAUUCUAAUGACCUCGUAUAUUUUUAUCCUUUAUUCAUUAAGAAAUCACAGUGCAGAAGGGAAGCGUAAAGCCUUGUCCACCUGUACAUCCCACAUAAUGGUGGUUGUUUUAUUUUUCGUCCCUUGUAUGUUUAUAUAUACUCGACCCCUGAUUACCUUCCCUGUGGAUAAGUGGGUGUCUGUAUUUUAUACUAUUGGAACUCCUCUGCUCAACCCCUUGAUCUACACACUGAGGAAUGUAGAAGUAAAAAAUGCUAUGGUAAAGCUAUGGAGCAAUACAAUAAAUUCAAAAGGCAAAUAA